GUUGCGAUCAUGACUUCAUGUGAAGCGCCUCUUGGUUAAAAGCCGGCCACCUACAUGUACAUAGAAGGUCUCAGAUCGUAAUGCGAGUGCUAUGGUGCAUAUUGGACUUCAAAACCCCGCCUCCCCCAUAAUUCGUGAACUUCCCUUCCCUCAAACCUACCUACCUACUUACGUACCAAAAUUCUAAAAACACGGUAAACACCCUACACCACUACCCCAUCCACCGCAUUACCCGACCACAACAACCAUGUCGCGCAAAGUGUGCAUCACGGCCGUCGAGGGCCAGACCGGCUUCCUGAUUGCCGAGCUGCUCCUCACGGACGACAAGUUCAAGAAGCAGAUCGACAGCCUGACGGGCCUCACCAUGGACCCGACCUCGGCCAAGGCCAAGGAGCUGCAGCAGCUGGGCGCGCACAUUGUGCCGCACAAGCCCGGUCGCGAGCGCGAGGUUGUCGCGACGCUCAAGAAGACGGGCUGCGACACCAUCUGCCUGAUCCCGCCCGCGCACAAGGACAAGUUCGACAUCGCCUCCGAGCUCACUGUCGCGGCCAAGAAGGCCGGCGUCAACAAUGUUCUGCUGAUCAGCGCCGCCGGAUGCGACUAUGCCGAGCGCGACAGGCAGCCGCGCCUGCGCGAGUUCAUUGAUCUUGAGACUUUGGUGAUGGGUGCAAAGGGUGACCCCAAUGUCCCGCUGGGUAACUCGCCUUGCGUCAUUCGCGCCGGCUUCUACGCCGAGAACCUUCUCCUCUACACCGAACAGGUUCGGAAUGAGGGCAUCCUGCCGCUCCCGAUUGGCGAGAACCACAAGUUUGCCCCCAUCGCGCUUGGAGACAUCUCCCUCGUGGCCGCCUUUGUCCUCACUGGCAAGGGACCCCAUGGCUUCGACGACCGGCACCGCGGCCAGAUGAUGGUUCUCACCGGACCCAUGCUCUGCUCGGGCACGGAGCUCGCCACGGCCGCCAGCAAGGCCCUGGGUCAGAACAUGGAGUUUGAGAACAUCACCCCGCGCGAGGCCAAGCGGGUUUUGAAGUCCCAGACGGACCUUGACGACUCGGAGAAGGAAUUCAUCCUGGACUACUACAGCCUCGUGCGCGAGGGCAAGACCAACUACAUCUCGACGACGGCUUUCCACGACGUCACGGGCCAGCAUCCUACUGAGCCGGACGAGUUCUUCCGCAACUAUGCCGGCGAGUUGCGGCCCAAGAAGCGGCUGCGGAGCAGCUAAGCUGUUUUACUCUCUCUUGAGAGAAGUUGGGGGGAAGGACUGAUUGCUCGCGGGGCCAUUUGUGUCACUACUGUAGUAAACUAGGGUAACAUUCGGGAAUAGAUUAAGCAAAAGUGAUGGCCCCUGGGGCAGCAGAAUCAAAAGUGUCUUUUGCAGAC